AUUUCAUGAAUAUGGUGAAGGUUAAUGAUCUAGAAAAGGUUUUGGAGCCAUUGUUCUAUAACUGGAGGUGCAAAUGCCAACAGGGAGAAUUUUUCAGCGAUUUCACAACUCGCUUGGGCUUUAACAAACUGAAAGAGACAGUUGAGAAGUGGGAGGGCUUAGCAAAGGCAUCGACACGAUUUAAUCUAAAGCUUUUUGCUGACAAAGACACAUAUGAAGCCAUGGAUGAACUUGCAAAGCUGCAGAACAAGAUUUCACACCAACUGGCCAUGGAAGUCAUCCGUAACUUUGUUGUCGCCUAGUAAAAUGGCAAAAGUGAAUGAUUUGCCCCUUUUUUCGGCUGUUGCUAUUUGUUGAAUAAAUACCAGUUCAGAUGAACUUAUCUUUUUUCUUUUUUCUAAAUCAUGGAUGAGUGAGACUUAGUUGAAAAGAACUUGAGAUAUAUAACCAUCUACCAGGCUGUUGCAUCGUUUUCCCAUGUACAAACAA